AUGCCCGCGCACAUCAGCGACACCUACUGCACCUGCUUGUACGUGGCUGCUGAGGGAUUGCCACUCUGGCACCCGGGACGUGUUGACCUGGGUGACGUUGGAUAUGUGCGCGAUGGACGAUUUCAUAAACUCUACAAUGUAGUCGAUGGACCGUCUCUGGUGCGAAGUGAGGCGGCACGUCCGGACCUAGCAAGACGUACCCAAUCAGGUUCCAGGAGUCCACCGGGGUCCCCAGGUGCUGAGCAGUCCGCUUGGACCGCAGUCCCGGCUUUUGCCACGAUGGGCCCUCGCAACAGCUUCUCUGGGGAAAGGCGAGCCAGCGCGCCGCUUAAUGUUCCCUCCUCGCCGUCGUCGUCGCCGAGAUCGCGUCGCACCUCUCUGAUGGGUGCGUUCAGAAGCGAGGAGGAGCCACAGCCACCUCUACCCAUCUUUGUCGACGAAGCGGAAGAAUCGGCUUUCGACAUUGGGCCUAGAACUAGCGCCAAUUUUAGAAGUCUAGGAGCUGGGGUCGGCGCUGAGGUGACGGGUACCGCUGGGGGGACUCUAAGCUUCGAAACGUCUGGCGGAGACGGUGCCCUGCUCGUGUCGCGCGAUCCUACCGUUCGAAACGAAUUAGAGCACCUCGGCACCUUGAAGGCAUAUGUCAAACAGCACCGUCGAUGGAUAAGCUACCACUACGGACAGAGCGAAGACAUGGAGGCAGACGAGCUUUGCCUCGUGUACUCAACUGACAGAACGUCUGAUUGGGCCUGUGCCGUCCAGCUUGGCGCAGCUCAAGGCGCCAAAGUGGACUUCCACGUGUUUAGUGUUGGCACUGCUGGCGUAUGGGGCGAGUGGCGCUCUACGUUAUCUGCAAGCCAACGUGGUCCUCAUCGAGAUCCUUCACAGUACGAGAGAGCACGACUGGAGGCUGGCCUUGGCCAGAGCGGUACUGCUACUCCCGCGGAGUCUGCUCCACAUGAGCGCGAGCCCACAGCGUCAAGUAGAAUCGCGAAUUGGCGGAUGAGCGCUGCUGUAGAAGCUGGACCGGUUAACAUUGAGGCAAGCACUGGGAGCGCUGAGGCGGCCAGCGCUCAGCCUGCCCAAUCAACUGCUGGCGCCGGUCAAUCGGUCGGUCCAAGCAAUACUGCCGCCCUCAUUUCCGAGGUUGGUCGCGUGCCUGCCUUUCCGGAUUGGCAGUGGGCGCCCGGCAAUCCGUUCCCGGCCGACCAAACAAUCGUCAUCAGGCGUAUCACGGCGCGCUCCCGCCUGGGCCUUGGAUUCUUGCCAAUGCGCAUGGCAGCCUCUGCAGGACCGAGACGUGAUGGGCCUGGCGAUCGUCGCUCUAGCGGCAGCACGAAAGUACCGACAUCUACAGGCCCGUUGGACCUUCUUCAUGAGUGGGUCUUCCACACGGAACUUCGUGCUCAAAUUUCCAUCGCGAGUGACUCAGACGUCGCGGAGGCGAUCUCCUCAUCGCCGAUGCGCAGCAUCACCGCAACCUCCAGUCCUGCUCAGCUCAAACGAGCUAUCUGGUCCGGAGCAAGCUGCAGUCUGCGCGUAGAGUGCGACCAGGACGGCAUCGCCGUGGUUUUGCCCCGCGGUGAAAAAGAAGGCCCACAAGUCACGGUGCUAGGUCAGCAUAAGCAGAAUUGUGGAUCACCGAAACCCUCGCUGGGUCGCAUCAGUCCGCCAAGCUCCUGUUUCCUUCGACCGCCCGCUGGCGUUCGCUCUCCUCUGUCCGAAUCCAGAAAGUUCUCAGCAUCUCUUGGUAUGGCCCAUGCGGUUGCAGCCGAGCAAGACGCUUGA